GAACGGUUUGCUAUAGCAGCAGAAUACAUGUCACGCGGCUGUAGUUACCUCGAUAAAGUCAAUAGUAGCUCUUAUUAUGAUAACACGCUUCAUAUGAAUGGUGGCAAAUUCAAGAAGCAGAACGUAGAAGCGCUUGCACUUCAUUUAUGGAAGUUCAAUGUUAUAUUUACUAUUCGUGAUAGAUAUCAGAACAAACUAUUUUAUCAAGUGUUCGAAUGGAUUCGUCAAGCACGCGAUCAAGCGGCCGCUUCCUCGUCCUCCUCUCCACAUACCACUAUAAGAGCGGUCGUAACCUCAUUAGUACAAGUCAACUCAUUUACCGACCAACCACUUCAACUCUACAUCGAAGAAUUCGAACGCCCAUAUCUUGUUCACACCAAACGCUACUACGAAUCUGAAGCAGCACGCGAAAUGGCAUCGGGAGAUAUCUCGCACUUUAUGCAUAAAGCGCACGAUCGUCUUGAACAAGAAAUCACACGCAACUAUCAAUAUUACAUAAUCAUUGAACAAUUUGAGAGAAUGUUAAAAGAGGAGAGAUUUGAAGAUUGCACACUAGUUUAUCAAUUGCUCAAUCGAUUGCCUAACGGAGAUGGUUUGAAGCCCAUCUUAGUCAUUUAUGAAAAUUAUGUUGCCAAAUUGGGUAGAGAAAUUGUGGCACGCAUUGGAAGUGGAGCGUUGAUUUUAAAGAACCCACGAGCGUAUGUAGACCAACUGUUACAGCUCCAUGCGAAGUAUUAUCAAGUAAAUCAGCAAGUAUUUUGCGCAGAACCAUUGUUUACGGCUGCGGUAGAUAAAGCGUUUCGAACAGUCAUCAAUGAGGGUAACAAUAUAAGCAGCAGCGGUACAGGAGAUAUAAAUAGUACGGCAUCAGUUUAUGGUCCUGAAACGUUAGCGCGUUAUUGUGAUUUGAUGUUGAAGAAAAAUGCUGGCAAAAGAGAUAUGUCAACAGCUCAUUUGAAUGAUAAUAAUAGUGGCAAUAAACGUAAUAAAGGUUUGAAAAAACUAAUAAUGGAAGUCAAUGAAGGCGAUCAGGAAGAGAAACUCAUGAAAAUGGUGACGUUAUUCAAAUAUGUGGAUGAUAAAGAUAUUUUCCAAAAGUUUUAUUCUCGUAUGCUGGCGAAACGUUUGAUAUACAAUGCAUCAAGCUCUGAAGAGUUGGAAAUGAACAUGAUUAAUAAAUUGAAAGAAAUUUGUGGCAUUGAAUAUACUAGUAAACUCAACAAAAUGUUUACAGAUAUGUCAUUGAGUAGUGAUUUAAAUGUCAAAUUCAAAACCUAUAUUAAAGAAAAAAACAAAGAAAUACUCGUUUUGACAGCAGGUGCUUGGCCAUUGAACCAAAAGGAAGAUGGAGGGUUAGAUACCAACAAAUUACAGAUGCCUAGAGUGCUUGAAAGCAUGAUCACUUCUUUUGAAUCAUUCUAUGGCAGUCAAUAUAAUGGUCGACGCUUAUUAUGGCAAUGGAAUUUGACGAGAGGAGAAAUCCGCCUCAAUCACUUAGACAAGAAUUACGAGCUCCAAGUCAGUCUGUAUCAAAUGAUCAUUUUAUUAUUAUUCAAUCUUCCAAACAACAAGGAUCAACGUCAUCAUCAACAGCAACAACAAGCACAAGACUCAAUUUCAUUAUCUAUUCAGGAUAUUGUAAAUCAAUCUGGAUUAAGUUUAGCGGAUAUCUUAAAAAGUAUAAGGCCGUUAAUAGAUAUGAACGUGUUGCAGUUAACAGAAGGAGGAGAUCAGCUACCAACGUCAAAAAAGAAUAUACCAAAACUAUCAGAAUCAACUGCGAUCACAGUUAACACAUCAUUUACGAGUAAACGUACAAAGAUUAAAGUGCCUGCAUCCUCAACGGGCACUAAUAAUACUGGGAACAACACUAGCCAAUCAGAAGCCGAGAAAGAAAGUCAAGCGGCCCGUAAACUGGUUGAUGAAGACAGAAGAAUGUAUGUACAGGCUACGAUUGUACGAGUAAUGAAAUCUCGCCAAAAACUAUCACAUUUACAGCUCGUACAAGAGGUUUUGGACCAAGCCAAUACUCGGUUUCAACCCUCUGUAACUAUGAUUAAGAAAUGCAUUGAACAAUUAUUAGAAAAACAAUUUAUAGCUAGAGAGGACAGAGAUACCUACGUUUAUGUUGCUUGAGAUAUUGACUUGCAAUAAAAUCAUUGAUAACUAAGGGGCUGGUUCUGCAGCAUUUAUAAAACAUACAAUGUGUAUGUUUACUCUUCCAAAAAAGAAAAAAAAAAUGCCGGAUCAAAAUAGGGGAAAGCGACAGAGCAAGUUUCAAGCUUAAAACUUUAUGUUAUUACUCCUCUUUUCAGUCUACUAAUGAGAGUGUCACAUUUCAGUCUAACGAUUUUAAAGUUUAAACGUCUAUUGUUGAAUAACGUUCCCAUACGAUAUACAGCGUUCAUUGUGCCAUUGGCAAGAAGCAUUUAAGCCACAAUUGUAGGUCGUGCAAAUGAUUAGAUAUUUGUUUUGAGGCAUUUUAUUAUAUCUCAUUUUGUGUAAUGGUCAAGCCAAGAUUAACAGAUUUAACUCUAAAUAAGGCUCAAUUAUUUGAAUUUGUACCGUUAAAAUGAAAUUGGAUAUAUAAAAAAGAAAAGCUUUAUUAAAUAA